AUGCCUCCAGUAGCAGACUCCAAGCUGUACUCCGUCCCCGAGGCAGCAUCGUCCUCCUCAUCCUCAACAGUACAUUCUCCACUACCACCGUUCAAGAUCGAAGAUGAUUAUGACUUCGGCAGACGACCCAGCGACUUUGAGCUCAAUGACCUUUUUCACGAUGAAGAACCGCUUCUGUCUGAACAUACUCAGGAUGUCUUCACCAACAAAGCGAUCCUAUCUGGCCCCUCCCUCAAGCACGCACAGCUCUCAUUUGCGGCGUUCCACUUCAGCAUCACCGGCCUCGUGCUCUUUACCCUCUCCCGCCCCAGAUUCACCUUCUUCACACCUAAAUCCGUCGCCAUUCGACAGAUGAUACCUCUCUCCACCGUCAUGGCCCUCAACGUCAUCUUUCCCAAUCUCUCGCUUGCAUACUCCUCUGUACCGUUCUACCAAAUCUCUCGCAUUCUUAUAACGCCCUGCGUCGCUGCUAUGAACUUUGUGCUGUAUAGAGCUUGUCUCCCUUUCUAUGCGUGCAUGGCGCUAGUUCCGGCGUGUGUUGGUGUUGGAAUGGUGUCGUACUUUGACACGAAAGCGACGAGUGCGAGUGCUGCUACGACUGGGUUGUUAGGUGUCGUCUUUGCAUUUCUGGGCAUCUUCUUUUCGUCGCUUUAUACAGUCUGGCUUGAAAGUUACAGACGGCGGUUGAGCAUGACGAGCAUGCAGCUAUUGCUCAACCAGGCUCCUCUCUCUGCGUUCCUGCUGCUAUACUUUAUCCCGUUUGUGGAUAAGGCUCCUGCUCAAGCAGAUUUGUCUCUCAAUCUCUGGGUCUUGAUUCUGAUGUCUGGCAUCUUUGCAGCCUUGGUCAAUGUUUCUCAAUUCUUCAUCAUUGCGGAAAUGGGUCCGGUGACUAGCACCGUUGUUGCUCACGGCAAGACUUGCAUUAUCGUUGCUAUCGGCUGGUACAUUUCUGGAAGAGAUGUUGUUGAUAAGUGUAUCUUCGGCCUAAUGGUGGCUUUGCUUGGGAUAAUCCUGUACUCGGCUGCUAUUUUGAGACAGGGCCACAGAGCAUAA